AUGGAGAAAAUCAACACCGGGGAUGGACAACUUUUCAUCAAGAAUGUCGCUAGCUACGUUCGCACACACGAGAAGGCCCUCGCCAAUGCACUACAGCUCCGUCGCCAGCCCACAAAAAAUGUCAUUCCCCAAUCGCCCAGCGUACCUUUGACCCCUGGUAGCUCUUUCGCCUCGACUUCGUCAACCCUGGCUGCGGCCUUUUCAUCCGCAGCAUUGAAAUUCAUGUCGCAGAACGCCAAAACCGCCAAACUCACAUUGACUCCCCACCACCUUUUCUACCUUCUCUCCCGUUUUGAAGAAUUGACCAUUGCCGUUGGUCCUAUGAACAUCAGGCUGGAAAAUAUUCACACCGAGGUUUCGCAAUCCUAUGUUUCAUUCCUGAACAAGCCCCAACAGUCUCGGGGCGAUCGGGCCUCCAUCCAUUCGGUGUCCAGUGUCCGCAGUGUGAUGUCUGGUAUGACGGACCUGUGGUCAUCUUUCCGCAUCGGAUCCAAGGAUACCCCGACGAAGUCGGACAGGGCCAAGGCCGCUUUGGAAAUGGACUUGAAGUACUUAUACUCUGCCUUUACCAAGAUCCCGUGUCUUCGUCUUGCCCCUGACCACCGUGCUCCUCUUAUCUCUGGAUAUGAAGAAUUUCCUUUUGAUACGGCUGUGCCGCUGCAUUCCUUCAAGAAUUUGAGCGCUUUAGAGAUUAUUGAUUUAGACUACCGUUCUUUCUAUGGCUGGGACAGAUUGUCCGAGCAACUACGCACUUUGACUAUCAAGAGAGGUCACCUGGAUGAUCCGGCUGAUCUUUUAACGAGAAUUGUGUUGGACGACAUUGACAAACGCCGCCGUCGGUCUGCUAAGUCCCAACAGUCGCCUUCACUAGGAUGGGCCAGUUCCAGCAGUCAGCCGUUUCACACUCCCGACCAGGCCAAUUCCAUGUCAGCCCCUGGAUCUCCUAUCGCGGACACAGCAUUCGGAACUAGCACUAGUCCCAGAUCUGCCCCGAUGCUCAGAGCUGGCUCGGAAGGCGCCAAAAUUCGCCCCAGGGCCGGGAGCGUCUCUCCAACUCGGCCUACGACAAAGCACAGCCACCGUCGAGGCCAGUCUCGGCAAAUUCGCCGCACGGGCUCUGCAAGCUCUGAAUCAAGCGAGACCUCUAACAGCCAUCGAAAUGGAAGCUCUACGAACCUUCUCACAGACGUCCUCCCGCCUUCAAAAUGGCGAUUCCUACGACACCUGGGCCUUCCGGAAAAUUCCCUGACAUCCGUGUCUGCUGCCAGUCUCGCCCCUGUAGCCAACAGUCUCAAUUCGCUUGAUCUGUCCUCCAACCUCUUGGCGGAGAUUCCCGACGGUGUGGCAUCGCUGGUGGCGUUGAGAGCCCUCAACUUGUCGCAUUGUAUGAUCGAGUCUCUUCACUCACUCACCCGAAAUCCUCUUCCCGCCAUCACCGUUCUCACCCUCCGCGGAAAUCGCCUCCGUUCGCUCGCAGGCAUUGAGAGGUUGCUUUCUUUGGAAAGAUUAGAUCUCCGCGACAAUAACCUCACGGACCCGACUGAAAUUGCACGACUAACCAGUCUUCCUGAAAUACGCGAGAUCUGGGUAUCUGGCAAUCCGUUUGUCAAGACUCACUCCGGAUAUCGAGUUGUGAUCAUGAACCUCUUCCGCCGCACGCCUGGUUAUUCCGAGGACAUCAUAAUUGACGGUAGAGGUCCGGGAUACACCGAGAGGAAGCAACUGGUUGAGCGAGUUGCAGAGCCUCAAGCGGCACCGAUUGUACGCUCCAGCCCGGCGGAUGAAUCAACGGUCGUACAGAAGUCUACUAUCUCGAAAGUGCCCCACGAUCUUGCAAUCUUUAAGCCCCAAGAAGACGAGCGAGAUUUGCACAUUAAUGGCACACAGCUGAAGGAAAGUGACGGGGGAACCAACCGUCGCAAGAAGCUCCAGCGACGUAGGAUAGUCGAUAUCUCAACAGACAACCCGUUUACCACCGAUGGUCUGGGCAAUUCCGGAAGCAUGGCUCUCCCGGCUCUUCCGGUUCAGCAAAUUCAACCGCCAGUUGACCGUCCGACCGUUGUCCCUGUUGAUCAGCCAUGGAGGCUGGACAGCGCUACGCAAUCCCGGUCAUCAAGCAUCCGAAGCCCCGGAAAGCCCAUGCAUUCGCCGAGUCCUCCUCUUCUACAGGCUUUGCAGGGUAAGGACAGGACAAUGGAUGAAGAGUUUUGCCGCCAGCAGCUGGAAGUUCUUCGUCAGGACGUGGGCCAUAAAUGGUUGACUGUUCUUGGCGAGAAUGACUGGGAUAAUUCCCGUAAGGACUUCGCUCACAGCUCUGGGGCGGGCUUGGACCAUUCCCCUCACAUUUCCCCACCUUCACUCACCCGCUCGAAUACCCAAGGGAUAUUGAGCGGAAAUGCGCUUAGCGGAUAA